AUGGACCAGUACCUGAUCCAGGUGAAGGGGAAGCCCUCCCUCCGGGAUGUCCACUUUAGCCUCCGCGGGAAGAGCCCAUCUUCAGGGUCAGUGAAAGGCCGCAAACCCCACUGGGCGGUCAGGGCCUCCGAAAUGUCCAAGAGGACCUUCAACCCCAUCCGCGCCAUUGUGGACAGCAUGAAAGUGGCCCCCAAUCCUCAGAAGCCCCUCAUCUCUCUAUCCAUAGGUGACCCGACAGUGUUUGGCAACCUCCCUACGGAUGAGGAAGUCGUGCAGGCUAUGAAGGACGCCCUUGACACAGGGGACUGCAAUGGCUACGCCCCUUCUGUGGGUUACCAGUCUUGCCGGGAGGUGGUGGCAAAGUAUCACAGCUGCCCAGAAGCUCCUCUAGAAGCCCAGGAUGUCAUUCUGACAAGCGGCUGCAGCCAGGCCAUUGAACUUGCCCUGGCUGUGCUGGCCAACCCCGGUCAGAACAUCCUGGUGCCACGCCCUGGCUUCUCCCUCUACAAAACCCUGGCUCUUUCCUUGGGAAUCGAGGUGAAAUUCUACAACCUCUUGCCAGAGAAGUCCUGGGAAGCUGAUCUGAAGCAGAUGGAGUCCCUGGUGGACGACAAGACGGCUUGCCUGAUUGUGAACAACCCCUCCAACCCUUGCGGCUCUGUCUUCAGCAAGAGCCACCUGCAGAAGAUUGUGGCAGUGGCUUCUAGGCAGUGCAUCCCCAUCUUGGCUGACGAGAUCUAUGCAGAGAUGGUGUUUGAGGACUGCAAAUACGAGGCCCUGGCCAAAGUCAGCCCCCAGGUGCCCGUCCUGUCCUGCGGAGGCCUGGCCAAGCGGUGGCUAGUGCCAGGAUGGAGGAUGGGCUGGAUCCUCAUUCAUGACCGCAGAGAUAUCUUUGGGAAAGAGAUCCGAGACGGGCUGGUCAGGCUGAGCCAAAGGAUCCUGGGGCCCUGCACAGUGGUCCAGGGAGCGCUAGGAGGCAUCCUCUGCCGGACAUCCCCCGAGUUCUACCACAACACCCUCAGCUUCCUCAAGUCCAAUGCCGACCUCUGCUAUGCUGCGCUGUCUGCUGUCUGCGGCCUGAAGCCCGUCCAGCCCUCGGGGGCCAUGUAUCUCAUGGUGGGGAUUCAGAUGGAGCACUUCCCGGAGUUCGAGAAUGACGUGGAGUUCACGGAGCGCCUGAUUGCCGAGCAGUCGGUCUUCUGCCUGCCUGCUGCGUGCUUCGAGUAUCCCAGUUUCUUCCGUGUGGUGCUCACGGUUCCGGGGGACAUGAUGGCGGAGGCUUGCCAGCGCAUCCGGCAGUUUUGUGAGCAGCAUUAUCAGGGGGAAGAGGGGCCCCAGGAGCCGGAAUGUGACAAGUAG